UUUUUUUUGGGCCUCUCGUUCCGUGUUCGAAUUCCGACCACCGCUGGCCCCGGGCGUUCUCUGGGUGGAGUUUGCUACGGGCUCUUUCUCGGCGCCUCUCUUCUUCUUCUUCUUCUUCUUCUUCUUCUCGGCAGUAGCGAUGGAAACCCUCUUAACAAGUUUCUUGGCUCGCGUUCCGGCCAUCUCGAGGAAGCCGGGAGCUGCGCGGUUGCAUCUCUUCAGCGGGGCGAGGAGGAGGGGGGGAGACCUCCUUUCUAUACCUCGGCGGAGAGGCAAACAUUCCGGGAUCGUUUGCAUGGCGGAACCAUAUCUGCUUGCAAGGUUGGAUUCUGCUGAGAGAACAUGGAAAGAAUUAUCGGUCAAGCUGGCAGAUCCUGAUAUUAUCUCAAAUCCUAACGAGUACCAAAAGCUUGCACAAUCCAUGGCAGGACUUGAUGAGGUUGUAGCUAACUACAAGAAAUUCAAGGAAUGUGAGAGACAAAUAGAAGAAACAAAAGCUUUAGCAAAAGAGGAUGGAAGUGAUCCGGACAUGGCGGAGAUGAUAUCUUAUGAAAUUGAGACUUUAUCUAACCAGCUUAAAGAGCUCGAGGACAAGCUAAAGGUAUUAUUGCUUCCUACUGAUCCACUGGAUUCACGCAAUAUCUUACUUGAAGUAAGGGCUGGUACCGGCGGUGAUGAAGCUGGAAUAUGGGCAGGUGACCUUGUGCGUAUGUAUCAGAAAUAUAGUGAGGGCAAUUCCUGGAAGUACUCGGCAAUUUCUAGUUCAGAGGCUGAGAAAGGUGGAUACAAAACAUAUGUGAUGGAAGUCAAGGGAAUUCGAGUCUAUAGCAAACUAAAGUAUGAAUCUGGUGUUCACCGUGUUCAACGUGUGCCCCAGACAGAAGCUCAGGGCCGUGUGCAUACAUCAACUGCUACUGUAGCAAUUAUGCCAGAGGCUGAUGAAGUUGAAGUGGUAAUUGAUCCAAAAGACAUCGAACUUACAACGGCAAGAUCUGGGGGAGCUGGAGGGCAGAAUGUCAAUAAGGUGGAAACAGCUAUCGAUCUUUUCCAUAAGCCAACAGGAAUACGGAUCUUCUGUACUGAAGAAAGAACUCAACUUCAAAACAAAAAUCGUGCACUUCAGUUACUGAGAGCAAAGCUCUAUGGGAUUAAAGUACGGGAACAGCAAGAAGCAAUAAGAAACCAGAGAAAAUUGCAGGUUGGCACUGGUGCUCGUGCAGAAAAAAUAAGGACAUACAAUUACAAGGAUAAUAGAGUAACCGACCACCGGUUGAAGAUGAACUUUGAGCUCACGUCCUUUCUCUCUGGAAAUAUUGAGACAGCCGUUCAGGCAUGUGCAGCCAUGGAGCAGAGGGAACUCUUGGAGGAGCUGGCUCAGUCAAUUGGUGCACCUAAUGUUUGAAUGUUUGAUUGAUAUGCAGUUUUAUUUUCCAGCAAAGUUUGAGUCCUGGCACAAUCCAAAUCUAGGCUCUUGUCUAGCCUGCACUAAUCUUCAUCUCAGAAAAUGAUCACAGGAACAAGUGGUGACUGGUAUCCAUCUAUGAGCAUUCUCUUUUACCAAAAUUUCUUAGUGGGUGCCAUCUAACAGAGCAGCACUAUUUUUUGUAGCAUGGUUGUUGAUACUUAAUGCUGUAAAUGAAAAUCAAACUUCUCCCUUACUUCAAAUAAGGGUAUAAAAUGGUCACUUCAAACUGUAAUGUUGUUUUCUACAGCAGAAAUUCACUUUUUUGUUUUUAAUAUUGGAAAGCUUUGUAUAAUUUUUCAAUUUAUUUAUACGAAGUUCAAAGAAAAACACACUAGAUACCAUAUUUCUUU